UUUCAAUAGAAUGACAAUCUUUUAAGAAACACAUUUUUAUUAAAAAAAAAUACAACUUUUAGAUGUAUGUUAUAAACUUAAUGAUCAGAAUUAUUAAUCAUUAUUUAAAAAAUACCGCCUUUCACCACGAGAGAGCGGUAUUGUCGUAUUAUUGAUUAUAGUAUAGAGAGUGCGGAAGUGUCUAUCCGUCAGGUGAAAUCUGCCGCAAACUCUCCUGAGUUACAUAAAGUCUUCGAAUCACAUUUAAUAUAUUUGCACGGAUAAAGGAGAUGUCAAUCCUCAAGUAACUCACACUCGACCGCGGAGGGGUAACCAUUCCCGAUGGCGACUCGAGCGUGACGUAUUUUACGCGCGAUAAACACGCGAUUUAAAAGGAUCUUACAGAAAUGCGUGCUAGCUCCGUUUAAGACACAUGCUGCAUGGAGAUACGGCUCUAUAGUUGUAAUGUGACGCGCCGAGGGCAACGUCCGGAGUGGGGCGCACAGCGAACGCAUCAUCGGGCACGCAUCAGGACGCUCAGACAACACGUGUCAGCGUGAGCGUGAACGCGGCAGCGAGAUCGGCGGGAGAUCCCGACGCGAGCGGAGGACGUUGGAGAGCGAUCGGCCGGUUUCUACGACGCCUGACUUUCAUUAUGCUGCUCCUGGCAGUUUUGGCUGGAGCGUUGCUUGCGAUAGUCAUUUACAUGGGACCGAUUUAUCUUCUGCAGCUGCUCAUUGUGGUUUCCGUCGCCUACUUUGUCGCCGGCGGUCGCCUGAGAUGGUUCUACGUUGCUCUCAGGACAAUACCACGUGAUAGCAAAGGACUUCUAGGAUAUAUUAGAAUGCUAUGGUUCGUACAUGGUCAUGAAAAAAAGAAUAGAAAUGUAUCCGAUAUUUUUAGACAAUGUGUCAAAAAGCAUCCUAAUAAAAUCUGUUUUGUAUUUGAAGAUCAAGAAUGGACCUUUCAACAGAUAGAGGAUUUUAGUAACAAAAUUGCAACGAUAUUUAAAACGCAUGGUUAUAAGAAAGGAGAUACGAUAGCUUUACUGUUGGAGAAUCGACCAGAAUUUGUUGCAAUUUGGCUAGGUUUGAACAAACUUGGUGUUAUAACGUCUCUAAUUAACACCAAUUUGCGUAAGACCAGUCUUUUGCAUUGUAUCAAUAUCGCAAAGUGUCAAGCGCUUAUAUAUGGCACCGACUUUUUUGACGCUGUGACAGAUAUUGCUUCAUCGUUGGACGCUAAACUAACGUUGUACAGAUUCGGAAAUCACCCGAAUGCAAUGUCAAUUGCAUUAAAAGAAAAAGAUUUAAAUGCCUUAUUAGGGGACACACCUGCAACACCACCGGGAAUACAAGAAAAAAGUGGUUAUCACGAUAAGCACUUGUACAUUUAUACCAGUGGAACUACGGGUCUUCCCAAGGCAGCUGUUAUUACUAACUCAAGAUAUGUCUUUAUCACAAGUUCAGUACAUUAUUUGGGAGUCUUGCGUGACUCUGAUAGAAUAUAUACACCUUUGCCAUUGUAUCAUACAGCCGGUGGAAUAAUGGCUAUAGGUUUAGCUUUGGUAUUUGGACAUACAACAGUAAUUAGGAAGAAAUUUAGUGCCAGCGCGUACUUUGCUGACUGUACUAAAUACAAAUGUACCGUUGGACAAUACAUAGGGGAAAUGUGUCGAUACAUUCUGGCAGUGCCACCUAAAAAAGAAGACCAAAAACAUAAUGUUAGAAUGAUUUUUGGCAACGGAUUAAGGCCGCAGAUAUGGGAGGAAUUUGUAAAACGAUUCAAUAUUCCACAAGUACUUGAGUUUUACGGCGCAACUGAAGGCAAUGCUAAUGUCAUGAAUAUUGAUAAUAAGAUGGGAGCAAUAGGUUUUUUUUCAAGAAUUAUUCCGUCGGUAUAUCCUGUUUCUCUUAUUAGAGUAGAUAAAGAUGGAGAACCUAUACGCAAUUCUAAAGGACUGUGUCAAAUCUGUGAACCAAAUGAACCUGGUGCGUUUAUCGGAAAAAUCUCACCAAACAAUCCAACUAGGGCGUUUUUAGGAUACGUGGAUAAAAAAGCAUCUGAGAAAAAAGUAAUUUACGACGUUAUCACGAAAGGCGAUUCUGCGUUUUUAUCAGGAGACAUUCUUGUUGCCGACGAAUUUGGAUAUUUGUAUUUUAAGGACCGAACAGGAGAUACAUUUAGAUGGAAAGGAGAAAAUGUAUCGACUUCUGAAAUUGAGGGCAUAGUCAGUAAUCUCAUCAAUUAUCGAGAUUGCAUAGUAUAUGGCGUGGAGAUUCAAGGUGCUGAAGGCAGAGCAGGAAUGGCAGCAAUUUAUGAUGCAGAUGGAACAUUGGAUAUGAAUAAAUUAACUGUCGACAUUAAAGAACAAUUACCUGUCUAUGCCAGGCCGCAAUUUGUCAGGAUUCUGACAAAAAUUGAUCUCACAGGAACAUUCAAACUGAAAAAGAAAGAUCUCCAGGAAGAAGGAUAUAAUCCGUACAAAGUUCAAGACAAAAUAUAUUAUUUAAACUCAAAGCUCGGUUAUGAGUUAUUAACAUCAGAAGUUUAUGAUCAAAUUCAACAAGGAAAAGUCAAGUUUUAAAUGUGUUAUCCGAAGAAGAACAAAAACUACAGUAAUAAUUAAUAUUUUAAAAAGUUCUUACCACAUUAUAAUAAAUAUACAGACUAUUGUUAUUAGCAAAUCUUUUGAAACCUGAUUUACCUGAAGAAUAAAGUAACUACGAUAUUCUAUUAGCUGGAA